CCGACUUGUUUCCCUUGACAGCGACAGUAUGAAUCACUCUGUCAGAGUCUGGGGUCUUUAUCUGUGAAAUCGAGAAUGAGUUCAAUGAAGGACAAGCUUCUCUUGGUUUUGUAUCAUGAUGUUAUCCUUCUUCUUCUAACAUGGCAUUGUGGAGGUCAGUCUCAGAUGAUUGGUCCAACUCAGCCAUUGAUUGCAAUGACAGGUGAUGACAUCAUUUUACCAUGCCAGCUAGAACCAGCUAGGGAUGCUGUUGACUUGACUGUGGAAUGGUCUAGACGUGACCUUAAACCUAGAUUUGUCCACUUAAAGCGGGACGAUGCAGAGCACAUGACCCAGAAUUCUUUAUACUCAAAAAGAACAUCCCUGUCUUUCAACAAACUGAAAUGUGGUGACAUUUCAUUGAAACUCUCCAAAGUGCAAGUCUCUGAUGCAGGAAUGUAUAACUGCCUUGUUCCUGAAAUUGGUGCAGAAACUGGAAUGGAGCUCGUUGUUGGUUCUGUUUCUUCUGUAGUCAUGGAGAUAUCCAAAGUCACAAAUGAAAUCUUCUUUAAAUGCAAAUCUAAUGGCUGGUAUCCAGAGCCUCAGGUGUUUUGGCUGAACAGUCAGGGAAACCAAAUCACAGCUGAAUCUACAAACAGUGCCAAAGGUUCUGAUGGCCUCUAUACCAUCAGCAGUACUGUGACUGUGAACAAGAGACAGACCUACAGUUUCACCUGCAGAGUCCAACAGAAGAGCAUCAACCAGACUGAAGAAGGACAUAUCCAUGUAUCAGCUGAUUUCUUCCUGAUCCAGUGUAAUCCUGCUGUUCAGAUUACUAUCAACGUAGCUGUCUGCUUAAUAUUGAUUGUUACAACAGUAUUACUAAUAUGGAAACGUGGACAAAAGAAAACCAAAAUCAGGAUACAUGAUGAGGAUGAAAAUGAACUACAUCAAACAGAGAUGGAGGAGAAAUUACAGAGAGAAUGUGAGGAAAAGAAAAGACUUGAAGAUGAGUUGCAGAACAAUGAGGAAGACUUAAAACACGUCAGACAAACCAUUGAAAAACUGAUGGAGCAGAGGACGUGUCUGAAGAACCAGAGAGAAAAACUCAACACACUGAUUCAGGAGGAUAAGACAGAGAUGAAAGAGGCCGUGAAAAAAGAGAAAGAAACCCCAUUACUUGACAAAGAGAAAAAAAUGAAUAGACGUGGAGAUAAAAAAACUAACCUGGAAAAGAGAACAGAGGUACAUGAAGAACUGUUAAAGAUGACAGAAAAGCUAAUGGAGGAAACAGAGAACAUAAUAAUCCAAAUGACAGAAAGGAAGGGAAAGCUGGAAAAAGACAAGGAACAAAUUAUUAAACACUUGAGAGAGAAACAAAGAAAUGAAAGAGAUUCAGAAGAAACUGUCAGAGAAACAAGUGAGAAGAUAUGAACAACUGUCCAAGAAGUCAGGAUGAAUUUUUCUUUAAUAUAUUUCUUGCUAAAAUCACACGUACAAACUGUCGUGUGGUGUUCAAUUUACAUUCCCAGUGUCUUUAGUGUCUCUCCUUUUUUUAAUCAGUGAAGGACAGAGUAACACAACAAAUAAAACAUGGGUUAUUUUUGUCAGUGCUGUCAUUUUGCAAUGUGAUGCCUGAUAUUUCUAUAUUUUUUGCUUUAAAUUUAUACUAUAUACAGUUUAACAGGACAUGUAUUUUGAGUGAAUUUUAUCAUAGAUUUUUUUUUUCUUUAGAACAAAAUAGAAGAGAUUCAGAAGAAACUCACUUGAUGAACAUCCGUCUAAGAAGUCAGAUGUUUAAUUCACUUGAAUUUUUUUUCUCUCUUUGUGUUUAAUGAAUAUGCUAAAAUACAGAGGGAGAACCAAUUAACUUAAUAUGCACACAGAAACAAGGAAAAAUUUCAAAUGUCACGUAGAAAGAAUCUAGUUGAACAUGUUAAUUCUAUAAAAGCCAAGACAAUAAAACAUCCAGUAUGUUGAACUGUAAACUGUAAACCUGUAUUUUUUAAAAACAAACUCUAACUUCUAAACAAUAGUGAUUUAUUAAGGUAUACACAGCAAGUCCAAGAAGAAGAGGAAACAAUUUACUAUGUACCAUAAACACUAUUCUUAAGCAGCAGAGUUUCAAAAACAUCAUGUUCUGACUGUACUGAGUUGCAUUUUGGUAAAACCUAUAUGGAUUUUGUAAAGUGGACCGAAUAGGAGAGACUACAACAAUAAUAUUUUCCAUUAGCUGACAGUAAUGCUCUUGAAAGUGCUCAUGUGUCAGUGUUACAAAAAAGAUAUUGAUAUUAUUGUUUAUUAUUUAAGUUUAAGAUUACUAUUAAUAUUUUUACUGUUAUAAUUCUGAGGAUUUAAUCAUCAAAACUGAUCCAUGAUGAAAACACAUCUGUGUGUAAGCAUGUAUUCCUAUCUUUGUGGGGACCAAAAUUUGGAAGUCAGCCAUACUUGUUGGGACCGACAGCCCUUAUGAGGACCAAAAUCCCAUUCCCACAAGUUUAAAGGCAUUUGAGACUCAAAAUGUGGUUUUAGUGACAGGGAUAGAAUUGUGUUUUGGUUAACUUUAAGGUAAGGGGCUAGGGAAGCUAGGGAAAGCAUAAUGCCUACUAGAUGUCCCCAAAAGAUAUGGAUACCCAACAUAUACGUAUGUGUGUGUGUGUGUGUGUGUGUGUGUGUGUGUGUGUGAGUGUGUGUGUGAGAGAGAGAAACAGCCACAAAGCUAUUUUGUUCUUUUUAAAGUUUAGUUAUCCAAAACAAUAAAUGUGUCAGCAGGAUCUGCUUUGAAAUUAAACAUAGAAGUGCCUGGUUAUGAUGCAUG